CAUCAUCAGCUGACAACACAUCCAGCGUGUGAGCAACAAACAAACGUUUAUUUACUGUACUUAGUUAUAUAUGUGUAAUAAUUAUGGCGCAGAAAAUCAGCGAAGCUCACGAGCACAUCGCCAAAGCGGAGAAAUAUUUAAAGACGAGCUUUAUGAAGUGGAAGCCUGAUUAUGACAGUGCUGCUUCAGAAUACGCUAAAGCAGCGGUUGCCUUUAAAAAUGCUAAACAGCUAGAACAGGCCAAAGAUGCGUAUCUCCAGGAGGCCGAAGCGCACGCAAACAACAGAUCACUUUUUCAUGCUGCAAAGGCUUUCGAGCAGGCGGGGAUGAUGCUGAAGGAUCUGCAGAGGAUGCCAGAGGCCGUGCAGUACAUUGAGAAGGCCAGCGUGAUGUGUGAGAACGGCACUCCAGACACCGCUGCCAUGGCCCUGGACAGAGCUGGAAAGCUGAUGGAGCCGCUGGAUCUGUCCAAAGCUGUUCAUCUGUACCAGCAGGCGGCGGCAGUGUUUGAGAACGAGGAGCGACUACGACAAGCAGCGGAGCUCAUUGGCAAAGCGUCAAGACUUCUUGUUCGACAACAGAAGUUUGAUGAAGCCGGCGCUCUCCAGAAGGAGAAGAACAUGUAUAAAGAGAUGGAGAAUUAUCCCACGUGUUAUAAGAAAUGCAUCGCUCAGGUUCUGGUCCAGCUCCACCGAGCAGAUUACGUGGCGGCGCAGAAGUGUGUGCGCGAGAGUUACAGUAUCCCAGGAUUCAGCGGGAGCGAGGACUGCGCCGCCCUGGAGGAUCUGCUGCAGGCGUAUGAUGAGCAGGAGGAAGAGCAGCUGCUGAGGGUCUGCAGAUCGCCACUCAUCACGUACAUGGACAAUGAUUACGCAAAGCUGGCCAUCAGCCUGAAGGUGCCUGGAGGAGGAGGAGGAGGAAAGAAGAAGAAACCCAGCGCUUCUGCUCAGCCAGAGGAGGAAGAGGACGACGAGUACGCUGGAGGACUCUGUUAAAACACACACACACACACCUCUGCACCUCUGUUAUCCUCACUCAUAAUCUCACCAUCGCUGCAAUAAAGACACACAAACGAGAAGCUCCUCACACAUCAGUGUGCCGCAUCGUCUCUCAAGUAUGUCUAUUUAUUCAGGUUCGCCUUUAAGCUUCAUGUUCACUUCCACAAGCUUUUCAGGCUAAACCAAACCUGAGACACAGCCUUUUCUCAUCCAGGGUAAAUCCUCACGUUACAUCACAUCAACAGUACGCUUUACAGUAAUCGCUUCAUCUUUUCACUCUCGCACACACACACACACUGUACAGUCAGUAAACCCAUCGCAACUUGCCUUACAGUGACGUACAUGCCUUUUCUGCACAAUAAUGCUGUGUGUGUUUACGCUUACUGUUUAUGUCAACUACUUCCUUUUCACAGUGCACGGGUACAGCAUUGUCAGUCAUGUUAACUCGGUGCUUUAAAUCAUGUUAACAAGCGCACCUUUACAGUUCACAACAUCAUUCAAUCAUUUACUUUUCGGCUUAGUCUCUUUUAUUAAUUGGGGGUCGCCACAACGGAAUGAACCGCCAACUUAUCCAGCAUAUGCCCUUCCAGCCGCAACCCAUCACUAGGAAACCCAUACCCUGUUGCAUUCACACCACAAUCGAUUUAGCUUACCCGAUUCCCCUAUAGCGCCUGUGUUCGGACUGUGGGGGAAACCCACGCAGAAUCCUACACAGAAACAACAAUAACACUCCCAGCCGCGGCUCAAACCGGCAACCUUCAUGCUGUGAGGCGAUCAUGCUACGCCGCCACAACGGCCUUAACAACAUUAUUCACAUGUCAAAUUGCGCUUGUUAACGUUACUUCAUGCGCCGAGCUAACAUGAAUGACGAUGCUAAACGUACCGGGGCGGAUUUAGUCAUGCGGAGACCCUGAGCGAUUCCUGCCAAUGCACCUUAUCUACUUUACUUUCCAUGCAGUCAGCUGCUGUUCUCUGCUUAUAUCGCUUCAUCUGCUUUUCUACGGGUUAUCCUAAUGCAAAUGUCUUCCACUUUUGGAGUGAUUUCUUUUCUUACAAUUCAUUCACGACUCAAUAGAAAUAAACUAGCUCAUUCUGAAAACUGAAUCUGAACUCAUUUGACCGCUCCAAGAUGAAGGGUGAGGGACUCAUUCAAAUUGUUACAGCCUCACUGAACAAAAUAACAUCUUAUAUAUAUCAUUGAUAGGUAUCAUUUAUAGACCAAUUACCAGUUUGUAAACAUUCAGGAUGCGCGCACACUGAGCUUGCACAAAAAAAACCGGGAGCGCUAGGGGGAAAUGACAUCCGAUGCAGCACAGAGUUUGUUGUUGUAUUAGAGAUGAGUUCUAUUGAUUAAAUAUUAUUGACAUAAUGCUUUCGGCGUAUUAUAACAGCUCGUCACUCAGUGAUAAGCACAGUGAUUCGGCAAAAUGAACAUUAAACUGAGCAGCCUUCCUCUGACAGCUCCAUUUGCGAUAGCACCCUCCCAAUGGAUAUUGCAUAAGAUGAAAUGGCCGAGCAUCCAGCCCCAAAUAUACAACCAUCUCACUGAAACUCCACGUGAUUUAACAGGAGAGGUUAAAGGUCUACAAGUCUUUGGCUGCCUACGGUGUUGUUCUGUGUGGUCAUGUGCAGGAAAUAAUGACAACAGCAGAGUCCAGCAUUUUUAUUCAGGUCCUCACUCCAUUCAGCUCUUCUUGAUGGCUGCUAGCCAAAGAUGUCUGCGGUUGGCAUUAAAGCAGUGCGGUGUACGGUAAAAGAGAAGUUUUCUAUUUUUGGACUAUUAUAACAUGUUUGCUAGCGAAACCGCCCUUAUUUUGCUAACGGUGUGCGCAGUUGAACCCGCGUGACGUCAUGUAGGUUGGUCAUUGCCCUAUACCUGCCAUUUAUGCGGGGGCUGAAAGAUUUAUAUACUCUAAAUAAAUAUCACGCAUGUUUUUUUACACUGUAAGUCAUGCUAAUUAUUACACACUCAAAUGGAUGCAUAUUGUCAGUUCCAGGCACGGCUGUGCGUUUUGCCUAACGAAUGGCCUGGUGAUACGUUCAGGCAAGGCUCGGAAAACAACACUUCUGUACUAAACCUGUAACGGACCUGUUCCUGCUAAUAAGCACUCAGUACAAGCUGCAGCGCUUCCUGUAUUUACACUUUUCCAUCAACAAUACAGUAACAGGUGAAUAACCAACCUACGUCACGCGGGUUCAACCGCGCAUACAGGUGGCAAAAAAGACCGGUUGCAAUAGCAAACAUGUAGUGAUGUGUGGCAGGAUGCCAAAUUUUAAAGUCCAAAAAUAGAAAACUUAACUUUAACCGUACACCGCACUGCUUUAAUGCCAACCGCAGACAUCUUUGGCUAAAACGGAGCUGAAUGGAGUGAGGACCCAAUUAGAAAUGCUGGACUCUGCAGUUCUCAUGUCAUAUCAGGUGAGUUGACAUUAUGCGGAGUCAGACACAUCACUGGUUUCUGAUUGCAGCAAUGAUUUCAGCAGAAGCAGUUAAACAUGGUGAACUACACCACGGACACUGAAUGCCCAGAGUGAAAUGUAAACAUGUGCGUUCACAUAUCCUGCUGUACAGGAGCAGUUCGCUGUCAGAAUGCAGUCGUUCUGCUUCUUGAUGAUGACCCAGGCCUUGUAUAGCGAUAGCUCCGUCUUCUCUCCUUGUCUUUGGCUAGGCAGAACCUCGGUUUUUAGCACUACAAAGUGUUGAAUCUGCUCAUCGUGGAGCAUUAUUUCCAUCACAUGACCACACAGAACAAAACUUUAACUUCUCUCUUGUAAAAUCACUUAGAGCUUCAAUGAGAUUAUUGUAUAUUUCGGCCUUUAUGCUUGGCCAUUUCGACUUAGCCAAAAUU